UCCAACUUCAGUUCACUCCGCGACGUUAAACGUAACGGACGUGCUCGCGCUCUGUUUAAUAAAAUAUACGUUUAGCUUACUGUACAAUCAUUAAACAUCAGCAUUCCUUAGAUAAUUAUACUGUGUAAUAUUAUUAGUGAACCUUAACCGAGUAACAUUGAUGCUUAAUAAGUACCAAGCUUCAUGAACUGUGAUCGUUAUUUUAACCGUUUCGAACUUUAAAUACAACGGUGAGAACGUGUGGUGUGAGGGAUCGAAAUGAGCGGAUUGACCAUCAGAGUGAAUAAAAGAGGAUCGAGGGGUAGUGACACUCUUCUCGAAGCAGCCAACAGGAUUCUCCGACUACUCGGCGUGAGCUCCACGAAGCGCGGGAAACAGCCCUCGCCCAAAACGAAGACGACCGGUGAAAUUCGGGCGCCCAUCGCGGCGGCGGAGUCCGCCGCCGAAUCUCCAGUCAAGAUGCAGGCGCAACCGGCCGCGGCGGCCAACAAACGCACCGCCAAUGACUACAUCUUUCGAAAACUGAUUGGCGAGGGUUGUUAUAGCACCGUGUUCUUCGCUACAGAUAUUCACACUGGGAAAGAAUAUGCAAUUAAAGUUUGCGAGAAACGUCAGAUUAUUAAAGAAAAGAAGAGGGAGUACAUAAAGAGAGAGAAAGACGCUUUGAACAUGCUGUUCAAUGUGCCACACGGUUUUGUCAAAUUAUAUUGUACUUUCCAAGAUGAUGAACGAUUGUACUUUGUGUUGUCUUAUGCCAAGAAUGGCGAAUUGUUGUCUUAUAUAAAUAAGGUUGGCUCUUUCGAGCUAAAUGUAGCUAAAUUUUAUGCCGCUGAGCUCUUAAUGGCCUUAGAAAGCAUGCACGCUAAAGGAAUCAUCCACCGAGACUUAAAACCAGAAAACAUUUUAUUGGACGAAAAUAUGCACUUACAAAUUGCGGACUUCGGUACAACAAAAAUUUUGGACCCGGAAGAGAUUUGUUCAGCACCUAAUAAGACUGAUGAUGACCAGACGUUGGCAGAGAAUGACAGACAAAAAAAGAUCAGUUUUGUCGGAACCGCACAAUACGUAAGCCCAGAACUGCUGCAUAACCGCGUGGACACGCGGGCCUCUGACCUCUGGGCCUUGGGAUGUAUUAUCUACCAGAUGAUCUCAGGACUGCCUCCAUUUCGUGGCUCCAAUGAGUUCCUUACCUUCCAGAAAAUACUUAAAUUGGACUACGAGUUCCCCGAAGGCUUUCCCGCCGACGCAAAAGACUUAGUUGAGAAGCUUUUAGUUUUGGAUUAUUCCAAGAGGAUUGGAGCUAACGAUACCGGAAAUACCUAUGAAAGCAUACGAAACCAUCCAUUCUUCGAAGGGAUCAACUGGGAUAAUGUCUGGACUCAGUCACCGCCAACUAUAUCCCCGUACUUGCCCGGCGGGUCUUUCGAAGAAGAAUAUCCUCUGGAUCACUUGGAGCCCGGCUUAGACCAAAACCAACUUGUGCGCCUGUGGAAGUUCGACUUAUCUACCUCAGAAGGAAUCUUAACCAUCAGUCCGGAAGAAAGGCGGCGUAGACUCGAAGCCCAAGAACGCGACAAUAAAUGGCACCAGUUCGUUGACGGAGAGCUGAUUCUAAAGCAAGGACUCAUCGAUAAGAGGAAGGGGCUGUUCGCGCGCCGACGCAUGCUCCUGCUGACCACCGGGCCGCGGCUCUUCUACGUGGACCCGGUCAACAUGGUGCUCAAAGGAGAGAUCCCUUGGUCACCGAAGUUGCGCGUAGAAGCAAAGAACUUUAGAAUAUUUUUAGUUCACACGCCAAACCGCACAUACUACCUAGAGGACCCAGAAUCAUACGCCCUAGAGUGGGCGCGAGUGAUCAACGAAGUUCGCAUCGGCACGUACGGGCGCGACACGACUUAAGCGCGCUGCCGGCGCCGCCGCGAGUCGCGCCCGCACCCGCACCCCGUGCUCCGAGCCCGCACCCCCGCCCCCUCCACGGCGGGUGCACAUAGGAUACAUUCUAGCCAUCGUUACGAUUACGAGCACGAACUAGCGAGGAAGCUUCAGUGACAUUGAAAGGUCUCGAAGGGAGUCGGCCACCGCCGGCCUCAGCGCCGCCGCGCGCCACAUAUGUUGAGAGCGCGCCGACGAGUGCCGCGACGACCGAACGCCCGCAGUCGAUCACGAUCGCUGUCGUUCCCGAACGACUGAUUCCUAAUAGUAUGUUCCGACUAAAUUAAAUUAUUACUCUCGAUUAAGUUCUUAUUUAAAAUGUGGAUUCACGAUUAUUUUAAUGUGAUUAUAUGUAAAUAUUUGUCUUAAAUUAUUAUCGCAAUCGCAUAGUUAUAGUGUAAUGUAGUGAAUAAUCGUGGGCCGUUAGAUUUCGAAGUAUACGGGCCCGUUGUAAGAAUGGAUUUGUAAUUCACCACCCGCGUGUUCACGAAGCCCAUUCCGGUUGGUAACUAGGCAAUUUUAGCUAAAUUAAUAUUAUUUAUUUUAAUUUAAUUUAUUUGCCAACGGAAUGCGACUGCUGUACAGUUAUAUAAAAAUUAGGAAAUUAUGGUUGGUACAUUUCUGCGACAGUAACGGCCGGUCGUAGGUUAUUCAUAUUAUGAAUCUACCAGUCGGUAUACGGCAAAUAUGAGUCGUUACGUCGGCUCUAGAAGUGGACCAACCGAGCGUAAGAAGGAUAGCUUCUUAGUAGCGGGGCCGGAACAGGGCGUAGGUAUACUGUGUAGCCCAGCACGCGCCACGCGCCAGGCACUAGGUGCUCGGCGACGGCGGCGGCGCAUACGCUGCGCCCGCGACCUUAGUAGCGGGGCCGGAACAGGGCGUAGGUAUACUGUGUAGCCCAGCACGCGCCACGCACCAGGUGCUCGGCGACGGCGGCGGCGCAUACGCUGCGCCCGCGACCUUAGUAGCGGGGCCGGAACAGGGCGUAGAUAUACUGUGUAGCCCAGCACGCGCCACGCGCCAGGCACCAGGUGUUCGGCGACGGCGGCGGCGCAUACGCUGCGCCCGCGACCUUAGUAGCGGGGCCGGAACAGGGCGUAGGUAUACUGUGUAGCCCAGCACGCGCCAGGCACCAGGUGUUCGGCGACGGCGGCGGCGCAUACGCUGCGCCCGCGACCUUAGUAGCGGGGCCGGAACAGGGCGUAGGUAUACUGUGUAACCCAGCACGCGCCACGCGCCAGGCACCAAGUGCUCGGCGACGGCGAAUGCGCUGCGCCCGCGACCUCCCCGCUUCUUCACUUGUGCAUCAUUUGCACUGUAAUCCUAAUGAUAAAACUUAGGGAAAGUAUACGGAUAAAAUCGCCUAAGGUCAACUAUUGUUUGUAACGAGUUAUUCGAUUAAAAUAUAUCGUAUAAUUUGUAAUUGAAAUUACUUAAUGAAGCUAAAUUGGUUUUAAAUGUUUGAAUUGUGUAUUUCGAGUACUAUUUUAUUGACAUGUGAGAUAUAUCAAACGCCACGAUAAUAAUAAAGCUAUGACCCAUAAUAUUGGCAAUUUGUUGUAAUGGCUUGUUUACUGUACCUAUAUGCCGACUUGCCUGAACUAUUGUAUAAUUAGGCUUUAUUGUAAAGGUCCAUAGUUCAAUUAUUGUAACUAUUGGUUUAGUAAAAGAAUAGGGUAAUUAAAGUAGUUCAAGCACUAGCCUUAUUUCUUUUGGUAAUACAUUGUACUUUAGACAAUGAAACACAAUAGUUGUCAGCGUUAUUGGACUUCUCCAUGACAUUGUUAAUUAUUAAUUCUGCAUUUAAACCUGUUAACUAUUGUAAUUAUAUUUUACAAUAUUUGUAUUGAUUAAAUUAUUUAAAAAGUAUCAGAAUAAUAAAAUGAAAAUAAAUUGCAAGUUGAUUUUUA